AUGAUGGAGUCCGCAGUCGAGGCUGCUCGCAAGAUGAAUGAGGAUGGUUGCAACUUGGUUAUCAUCCUCACUCAUCAGCGUGAGGGUUAUGAUGUCCUCUUAUGGAGGAAGGCUGUUGUGGAAGAGGGUAUCAAGAUCGAUGCUAUCAUUGGUGCCCAUGAUCACUUCCCUGCUUUCUUGAAUCUUCAACACCCCACUAAGCCUGAUAUUAUAACUCCUGUGUGGAAGAUGGGUAUGGAUGCUCAAAUCCUCGGCAAGUUCGUAUUUGACUUUGAUGAUCAACAUCCUAAUGGUAAACUCCGCUUCGCUCAUGCCAUUCCGGUGUUGGAUGGUCAGUGUGAUCAGCACUUCAUCGGUACGGACAAUGAGGAGUGGUGGAACAAUAACGUGAUGCAGACCUGGUCACACUGGGUACAGCCUAUCAAGCCUCUCCAGGAUACUAACAUAAGCAAUUUGUUAUUUGCUGGUUUGUACGACACUGCGGAUAUCCGCUCUGCCGAGUCCCGUGCUGGUAACAUGCUGGCUGAUCUAUUCCUACGUAACAUUUCAGCUCAUUUUGCGGCUCUCAGCGGUGGUAAUUUUCGUUAUGGUUUGAGUCAGAACUUCACAAAGCGCCUUCCCCUCGCUGCAUUGGGUUUGUUUGAAGAGAAUCCUUUCCUCGAUGGUAUGGUCUCCUACGACAUAUCCUUAAUGGAGGUCUUUGGCUAUGUGAUCUAUUCGGCUCCAAUCGCCAUGGGCGGUCCUAAUGCGCCGCGUCCGGUCACCUCUGGUUUCGAGAUCGAGAUGGAUCCUACCUCUACUCAACAUGGUGGUGUGAAGUUCAUCCGUUUCACUGGUACGAGUCAUAUGGCUGGUAUUGUCAACCGUACCCAGACUGAAUGUGGUCAUCCGACUUUGAAGUGUG